AUGGUUAUAUUUUUGCCAACAAAAUAUACAUAUGAAACAUAUUACAAUUGUGAUUUCUAUUCAUAUGAUGAAUGGGAACUAGAAAGAAAACCUUCUGUUGGAAUUGGUUUAUUAUACAUUAUUCCUGGAACAAUUUUUAUUCUUUUAUAUAUUCCUAUUAUUAUAGUAAUGUUUGAUAAAGAAUUUACAAAAUAUAGUUGUUAUAAAAUAAUGGUUUAUUUGAGUAUUAUUGAUUUAAUUACUUUAUCACUUAAUAGUUUAUUAACAGGAUCAUUUUCAAUUCUUGGAAGUGUAUUUUGCCAAAACAGAUUAUUAAUGUUUAUAACUGGACAGGUAGCUUUAUUUGGAUGGUUUGCAGGUUGUAUUACUGUGGUUGUUCUUGCAUUAAAUCGUUGUCUUGAUUUAGUAAAUGAAAAUCUUGCUCAUAAAUUAUUUAAUGGUAAAAAAGUUUUCUUAUGGCUUAUUGGAACAACAAUAUAUGCUUUAUGUUGUUCAUUAUUAACAUCAAAAGCAAGUUUUACCCCAAAAUUAUAUGCAUGGUUUUUUGAUCCAUAUUUUGGAGUAAAUGUUGAAGGUAAAAUUGUAAAAGUUAACUAUUCAAAUUGGAUUCAUACAAUUAAUAAUAUUUUUGAAAUGAUUUUUUUGGGUACAUUAUAUACGAUACUUUGUAUAGUUAUAUAUUUAAAAUAUAAUAUUAAAAAAAAUGUUACUAUAAAUAAGUUUCAAAAAUCAUUAUUUAUUCAAUCAGGAUUAGUUUGCCUGGGAAAUUUUAUAGCCUCAACAAUUUAUGUUUAUAUGCAAUUUUAUAUUGUUGAUGUCAUGGUUCUGGUUCAAUAA